AUGUAUACAGGUAAGAGUCAAGCUGCAUUUUCAGAUAUUAUACGUUAAUAAUUUUGUCAAAAAGUCAUUUUGUUUGCAAGUUCAAUUUACGGUUAGGAUGACGUUCAAACAGUAUUGAAGUCGGUCUGAGAUUUCCGAGUUCCCAGUUGUUUUGAAUGCGGCAUUAAAGUUGGGAUUAUGGUUAAUUGUUUAGCUAGCUAUCUAGCUAACGUUACAUGUCUAAACAAAAUACACUAUGCAAGUAACCAUUUCACUGUACCGUGUACACCUUCUGUAUCCUGUGCAUGUGACAAAUAAACUUAGAUUUUCUUUGAUAUAAUGUGUGUUUACCACAGACGGUAAUGUGAAGAACAACAUCACCUGCAUCAAAGUCAGAUUAGGAUAUACUGUAGGCCAAGGACUAGAUAAAGUGUAUUUUUACUACUACUUUUUGCUACUACUUUCACCACUUUAAGUCUUGAAAUCUUUGGUUGUUUACUACACUGUGAAUCCUUAAAGAGACGGGUGGGGCUAAGGCUUAAGAGGGUGUGAACGAUGCUGAAUGGGUGUAGACAAAGAAGCGCUCUCCACUACGUGUACCAAAACUUUUAUCCAAUGUAAAAAACAACAUUUCAAAUGUUGCUACACAGGACCGAAUCUAGGUGGCAAAUGCCUUUGUUGGUAACUGAAUGGGACUGGCUAGCAUAUCGUUUAAGGACAGAAGCCAACAAAGUGAAUGGGCUGGGGGGCUAAAGAAGGUGUGAAAGGUCUUAGGAAGGCAGUUCUUUCACAGUAUGAGAGAGAGUGUAUGGAAUAUUGAGUAGAAAUGGCACCUCAAGCGCUCUCGUACAAAACAAUACAUUGAGUGUCUAAGCACAACCAAAAACCCCUUCCUCGUCUUAAGGUACUCUCUGUAAACCAGCCCAUUGACUUCGACAGAUCAUUCUUGUCAAUAGUAGCCCUUUGCAGGGGAAUUUUGUAGACAUGUCUUUGUAUUGUUUUUUGAGAAUCUGAUGAGAAGAGAAUGACGUGGUUGUGUCAUUACUGUUGUAGUCUUGAUUUUAUACCUUUCAGUGUUCCUUGCUGGUUUCUGUCCCGCAAUCUUGUUGUUCUCCAUAACCGCAAGGUGUGUCCGCUCCCUCAUGCUGGUGUACCCAAAAUGCCCCCACUUUAGGGUAUUUUUCAGCAGGGCAUUGUGGAAUGACUCCAGAUAACCUGAGUUUUACAGUAAGAAAAAGUAAAAAGAGAAGCGUGGUAGACUAAAUUGAUUACAUGGUCUGGAAGGUAUUCUGUGGUCCUUAGUCUACCUCUAAUCACCUGUAACCCCAUAACACCAACCAUGCAAUCACUACCCAAUUGAUGUUUAUACCAUGCUUACUGUAAAUUGAGCUAUCUUAGCCGUCAGCUUGUAAAUAUUUUGGCCAAAUUACCUUCACCUUGUGCAGAGAUAGGGCUUGGAAGCUCAUGUUGGUGGAAUCAGAUUCUGUACCAUCUAAAACAAAAUACACAACUAAACACAAUUUAACUGCUCCACUAAUUGUAUUGAUCUCUAUUAGACUGGCUAGCUAAACAUACGUAACAUGGACAUUUCAAUAUUGUCAGCUUGCUGUUAGCUAACUAGCGUCACUAAAAUGGCAGCAAGAUUGCUAUCCAACUGAGACUGGCUGAGAACCAACUAACCAACCAUAGACGAUUUAUACACAUUUAUCAUUGCUACCAACACACUAACAGAGAGUGAGUUAGUUGUAUCAACAAGUAUAUUUUUAGUAACGGAGUGUAACAUUACCUAGCAUACAUUAGCUAAUGUCAGUCAAAGAUAGAACGAACAAACAAACAUGUUGACUCUGCUGAAGAUAGCUACCAGUCUAGCAGUUACUACCAUGGCAUAGGUCGAAAACGAUUGACAGUGUGUAUACCAAAAGAUAGCUAUAUAAUUUUGCUGAAGGCUUUCAGAGUUCAAUACCUGUCUGUAAUGUGAACUAGCUAGCUAAUUUACCCAGCUAGUCCAGCAGUAUCAGCAUUCGCUAUGAAUGCAGGACUUCUUGGUUCACUAUGAGCAGACGAAUACACAGGGAGUUGAAACUUCCUGAUUCUACCAGUCAAUUGAAAAUGUGCUAGUUCUAGCUUGUGGUUUGGAUAAUUGUGAUGUUUAUGAUAAAAAUGUAAUGUUGUUAAUAUAGUUAUGACUAUAUGCUAUGGCAGAGCCAGGGUGAAAUUCUCCUUUAAUAGUAGCUGAGCUUUCGGUCCGUCAACCUUCAAUAGAGCCCUACACAGGAAAGACUAGGAGGGAAAGAGUGUCUCCUUCAACUGCAAAGUUUUCAGCCAGUGUAGGGCUAAAAUCUUCUACUGGUACCAGAAAAGAUAGGUGACAGAGACAAUGGAAGGAAUUGGGAGCCGUUUCUUACACCUACCUAGUUGUCUCUGAUUUGCAAGGAGGAAUAACAGAGCGCCAUCUUAUUGGAAUGAAAUGCAGUUCAGGACUUUCUUGUUUCAAAGCUGGUUUGAAAAGUGCUUUUACAAAAAGUAGAAACCUAAUAUUCCACAAAUAACUUUGUAAUUUCAAUAAAAGGUAUUUGAAUCAACAUUUUAGCUUUUAAUAAUAAACAAAUGUCUUUACAGGGUUACAUGUUAGUUUUUAGGGCACAAUGCUUCAGAAGUAGCUAGAAUUCAUACAUGCCCCAAAAUCUUCUUUUCUGGUGCUCCUAAUUUUUGUGUUGUGCCCCUAACUUUUUAAAGUUGGGAGCACCAGUGCUACCAAUGAAAACAGUUAAUUUAGAGCGCUGGCUGUAGGCUUCAUGUUCCAUCUCAUUCUUUGUGUGUGUGUGUGUGUGUGUGUGUGUGCGUAUGCAUGGUGUGUGUGUACUUUUACCGCUGUAAAUGGAAUUAAGGGAUGAUUGUUCUGUUGAUAACCAUGGGAAUUAUACUUGGAGAAAAUCUAUUAUGGAGAAGAAUGUGAAAUUCUGUUAAGUGGUCAACCUUUGCAGAUGCCCAUAGGGGGCACAGGAUUAGAUCUGUGAAAACCUUCUUCUUUUUUUAAGCUCAAGAGGUAAACUUAGAUAUGCAGAAAAAUAUACAUAUUUUGGAUUGAGCAUUAAAAAUGCAAGAUUCUCCAACUUAAAGUGUUCAUAUCCGCCUCACGAAUCCCCCCUACCCCCCUCCCAGGCUAUCCUCACAGACUACUUUUUGACAAGGGAAUUUUCACUGUGUAGGCUUGUAUUUGGCUCUGGCACAAGACUUUAUGUGACAGGUAAGAGAUCCAUUCUUUUUCAUUAGGUAAACAAAGCAGUAGUCCUUAAUAAUUAAUAUGUAAUCUAUACCUCUAAUCACUUUCCAAAAUAUUUGAGAAAACAUCCUGCAAUAUUGCUCCGCAAAUAUGCAGUAUUCAUGAUCCAUGUUAGAAAUAAAUAAAAAAUAUGAAUUUGAAAGUUUGUUAUUAGUCUGUACAAUAGAUUAUUCUGAUUUUCAAAGAAGUCAUAUGCACAAUUUGCAGUACAUUGCAUGUCAGUUAAAUGUGUGAUAUAAAUGUAAAGUAAUUUGACAUAGGGCAAAAAUAUUAAACUGUUUACUGAGCUAAGAGUCUUUUUUAAAAAUUAUAUUGAAAGUUAUAAUUUACAUUCAAAUAAGAUAUUCCGUAAAGGAUCAUUGUUAUGGGGAAAAAAUGUGUUGGUGCAUGUAGUUUAUUGAUGUAUGUAAUUAAUUGUUUACUUGAAUGUAGACAGUAAAACUGGAUAUAAAACAAAUGGUGUGGGGCACUGCAAUUCAUUUUGACAACAUAUGACAUCUGAAGUCUGAAAACUUGUGUGUGAUGUCCCUUUCAAGAAAACUGUAAAUUGUUUUGUUUCUCUUGAAAUUCAGACUACAAUGACGUACUUGAACCCAAAGUGACGGUCUACCCAGCGUCCAACCCUGAUUCGAAUGGGAAGACCACCCUGCUAUGUCUGGCUAGAGACAUGUUUCCAGACUUGGUCAAGAUCUCAUGGAAGAUGGAGGAUGCAAAUGGCCGAACAGUGGAGGUGCCCAAAGCAGAGAGGGAAGUGCUGGAGCAGAGGGAGGAAGGACAGACGACCAGUAUGAUCAUCAUUGAUAAAGAGAAGGCGUACAGGAACAAAUACAUCUGUUCUGUGGAAUAUAAAGGGGGCCCUAAAGAUGUUGAGAUACCAAAAGGUAAAGCCAGUCAUUGAAAUAGUUUUACAUGAGUAUGUAUUAUGUUUUUUCAUACAUCAUUAUUCAUUUAAUAAUUAUUAUGUAAUAUAUUUAAGAGUAGGUUAUCAUGUAUUCAACCAUGUAAAAAUGACAUAGGCCUAUUACCUUUUCAAAGUAAAAAGAAAGUACAUCAACAUUUGACUCACAUUUGGUAAUUGCAUAGGAAUGUUGCAAGUUUAAACAAAACACUUUUUUUUUUUUUACAACUAUCCCUGACAGUAGCCUACAUAAUGCUCUGAAAGCAUAUUCUUUAAUAUUAUCUUUUUCCAUCUCAUUCUCAAAUGAACCAACUGAAGCUCUUCCAACCACCGGUCCAUUCAGAAAUUAAAAUGGUCAUUUAGCAGACGCUCUUAUCCAGAGCGACUUACAGGAGUAAUUAGGGUUAAGUGCCUUGCUCAAGGGCACAUCGACAGGUUUUUCACCUAGUCGGCUCGGGGAUUAGAACCAGCGACCUUUCGGUUACUGGUACAACGCUCUUAACCACUAAGCUACCUGCCGGAGGCACUGAUUCUGCAGUUUACCGAAGGUAAAAUAUAUGAGUAUUUCAUGCAGGGUUAGGGUCAAUUCAAACAACAAUUUAAUAAGGGAAAGAAAUGAAAGUUAGUGGUUUGUUAAAUGAAUCAAUUUAGACAGGUAUUAAAUCCGAUUGCGCUUUGUCGCCAUUGCACCUUUCUGAGAACGCAUUCACGGUGAACGCUGCUCAAUUGGAAAUGACCUUCAAGGGCGCUUUUACAUAUCCUCUUAUGACACGGCUCCAGGAGCGUUUAGUAGCCUACCCUGAUCCGCGUUACAAAGCAUGUGUGAAACGCAAACUAACCCGGGAUGAAACGAAUCCUGGACCGGCGUGAGUGGCGGGUCCAAGAUCCAGGACCAGAGUACCAGGAAUUGUGAUGUGGCAGCGCGAGUCGCAUGGAACUUUUUUGCCUGUUGCACUCGCCAAGGUCAUGUAAAAUGUUCUUAUUGCUAAAACGCCCUAAGUGGAGUAUAGCCGACAAAAUGCGAUCGGAUAGAUCAUCUGAUCAUAGUUUAUAGGCAAAGUGCACUUUAAAGGCACAUUUCCUAUGUUUGCCGAGAUACCAUCCACGGUAAAUGUUGCAUUUGUCGGCUUAAUAGGAAAAUGUAUUUUUCAAAACCACAAUGCCUGUAACCAGCAAUCAGAUUGAAUCCUUACUCUUUCUCUUCCCCAGAUUUCUUUCAGUCAACUUUUAGUCUGAACCUGGCCUCUCUGGUUUACACAGUGAUGAUCGUGAAGAGCAUGGUGUACUGCUGUGGGAUCUCUGUCCUGCUGCACCACAGGAGCUUGGGAAGAGGAUCCAGCACCUGUAUACACAUUAAUUGA